AUGCUGGAAAUAUGCCCUCAGUUUUCGAAUUUUGGGUGGCUUUUGGAUGAUCCAAUGAGCCAUGAACAGGAAAAUUUUUAUAGAGAAAGAAUAGAAACUUCAGACUCCAUUAAUGUUCUUCAUUCUCCUUCAUCUAAGAUACAUGGUGCAAACAGUACUGAAUCUUUGCAUUUUGAUGGAGAUGUGAAGAUGGUGAAGAAGCUCAACCACAAUGCCAGCGAACGAGAUCGCCGGAAAAGAAUUAAUACGUUGUAUUAUACUCUCCGGUCACUGCUUCCGGCGGCAGAUCAAAUGAAGAAGUUAAGCAUUCCUUCAACAGUAUCCCGAGUGCUAAAAUACAUACCAGAGCUGCAGAAAGAAGUCGAGAGACUAGUCGAAAGGAAAGAAAACCUUGUAGCAAAGAUUUCCAGGCAAGAAAAUUCAAAUCGAUAUAGGAAGCAAAGAAGAACAGCAGAUCAUCAGAACUCAGUAUUAGCUGUUUCAGCGAGUCAAAUAGGUGAUCGAGAUGUAUUGAUUCAGAUAUCAACUGUGAAGAUCAAAAGGGGUUCAUUUUCUGAAGCUCUACUGGAUUUGGAGCAGGAAGGGAUUCUUGUACUGAAUGCAUCAAGUUUUGAAUCUUUUGAUGGGAGGGUUUUCUGCAAUUUGCAUCUUCAGGUACAAGGAAGUCAAGCCAUCGAUGUUGAAAUGUUGAAGGAAAAGUUCUUGUCAUUGUACGAGAAGAGAGAAGAAAUACAGGGUUAA